UACCCACACACUGUAUCAUUCGGUAUGUCGAGGAUGCCGGCACUUUGGGCAUGCGUGGCUUUUGCAGAUAAGCUCUGGAUCAAUCUUUUCGCUCUUCUAGUCUCGCCGUCUUUAUGAGGAUUACUCUCUGCGGCAGUUGGUGUGUGAUAAGUGGUCAUCCAUGGUCUAGCUUGUCUACACAUUGGCUCUACCUGUUAGGACUUGCUAGAAGAAUAUUUGGAAUAGUUCUUUCUACCUCUUCCUUGGACGUGUCCACUCCGCCAUCGAGUUUCUGGUGUUUACCUUUGGCGGAUACGUCGGUCCACAUAUUAUACUAUGCGGCUAGGAUGCAAGAGCUUCUCACUCUCCUUUCAGUCUUACGUGCCUGCGAACUCUGUAGUUUAUGUCGCACAUUGGCAUUCGGGACGGAAACGCCUGGUGACAAGGGCCGGAAGAGAAUCAAUCAGCGCCUAGGAGUUCUCGCAUCAUUCCUCCAAGGUCGCAAAUUACUCUUUUAGGAAGAAUGUUUCUGAUCACAAGAAGGCUUCAGUCGUAUUGAGCGAGCAUUUUUGGAUGGAGUGUCCAUGGUCUAUGUUCCAAGAUUCGGUUCAUCGCGCAUUCGCAGCAUACUCGUCGCGUGUUUUUCUAUUUACCCUAGCACGCCUG